AUGAACACUUUCACAAUUGUAUUCGACCAACCGGAAUUCACUCCUGGACAAAAUGUCACUGGCCGAGCUGUUUUUCAAACGAGCGUUGCGAUAAAUGCUCGUUAUUUGAAAAUCUGCAUCCAUGGAGCUGCUCAUACGAAAUGGAAUGAAAGUGAGCAAAGACACAGGGAUUGCAACGGGACGAGUGAGUGUUACACUGAAACCGUCCAAUACGCCUCUGAAAUUAACUAUGUUUCUAAAGAAACCAUUGCAUGGAGUGCAAAAAAUGGAACUAACACAUUGCAACCUGGAAACCACAUUUUUCCAUUUUCUUUCCCCCUUCCUGUCGACUGUCCUCCGAGUUAUGAAGGCUUCCACGGCCAUAUUCGUUACUCGAUCCGCGUUGAACUGGAUAGACCAUGGAAUUUCAAUAAAAAAGAGAGGGAGUAUUUUAAAGUUGUACCGAAUUUCGACCUGAAUUACCUCCCAUACGGUAACACCCCCAUAAUGCAAAAAGACGUAAAAGAUAUUGGCGCGAUUUUCAAGAAGGGAAUUGUAACUAUGACAGUAACUAUACCAAAGCAAGCAGUGGCUUCUGGAGAAGCUCUACCCAUUACCAUUGAUAUUGACAAUUGUUCAAAAAGGGCAGCCUACUGUGUUCGUGCCGAGCUCAAGCAAAAUUCACACUACAAUGCUAGUCGAAACUCUCUUUUCUCCCACUCAUCCUGUCACGAUCAUCACAAAGACGAUAGCAAGCGAGUCGCUGAGACUCGGAAAAACAUUAAAAUCACGGCUCGAACACAUGGACGUGAACAGCUGAUGAUGAAAAUUCCGAAGCUGGCUCCAAGCUUUCAAUGUCCAAUCAUCGGUGUCGAAUACUGUUUGUCAGUGAAAUUGGACACGGAGACUUCACUGAAUAACACCCUGCACUGCGAAUUCAAUCUCAUAAUUGGAACUGUAUCAAUUAUCAACAAUGCUAUCCCAAUCGCAGUGUCAUCUUUGGCCCCCACAGCUCCACCAGGUGAUAGAACCGAAUCCAUGCCACCACCAUACUUCUCAUUAACGCCUACAGCUCCGUCAGAUGAUUCUGCUAGUCCAUCUGCCCCACCACCAACAUAUGAUGAGUCAAUGGCAGUGACAAAAAUUUGA